AGGUGGCGCCACUUAAUGAGGAAGUGAAAACGUGUACAUUUACUCCUGUGUUUCAUGUAAAAUGUGGCCCAAUUUGUUCAACUAAUUAAAAGACUCCGAAUUUGUACAUAAAUUAAAUCUGUGAGGCAUCUAGUUCACGUUUCUGUGCAUUAAUCAUUGCAUGGGUGGUAAUUAUAUGUGUGGGGCAAAUCGGGUUCAUUUGGUGGAAAAUAUGGCUGAUUGUGUUGACGUAUCACCUUCGUGAUAUUCAUUGCAAUUGUUGAAGAUAGUUAAGCAGUACACGUUGCGAUGUCGGGUGGUGCCGAAGAGCCUCCUGGACUGUCCGAGGAUACUGCACCGGACACGAUCGGUGCAUCCAAUCCCCAGGAACAGGAUAAAUCAAAUGUUGUCAGCUACAAAGACAUUAUGAUGAGAAAUAAGGUUGAUUUGAAGAGGAAAGAGGAGGAAGUCCAGGAGUACGUCAACAAAUUAUCAAAGAUAAAAUCACGAACGAAAUUAUCACGACGCAGUACAGACCCUUCUACCUCCCUCGAUGCUUCGAAGCUCGAUUCAUCCCUCCCCAAAGUAGAAGAUGAGGAGGAUGUCAACGACAUCAGCGAGGCGAAGACGCCAAAGGCAAAGUCGCAUCUGCUCCAAAAGAAACUGGCGGAGAAUCGAAAAAUUUUCGAACAACGGAGUAAAGAGAUAACCGAGUCAAACCGAGCAGCGGAAGAAAAGGUUGAGGAGAUAAGAAAGCAGAUAAAUGAGACUGAAUUGCAAAAGGACAUUUACAUCCCCAUCGCUAUCACUCCUAUUUCUCUACUGCCUCAACCCUCUGGGAAGGAUCCCCACCAACUUCAUGAGAAAGACAACAAAAUAGAGGAGUUAAAUAUGAAAAUUCAUGAAUUAGAAGCCAUAAUCAUCGAUCUGCAGGAUAAUCUAAAGGAAAAGGAUUCUGUCAUUGAUUCGAAGAUGAAAGCAGUGACUUUAAUGUCUGAAGAUCUGUCGAAAAAAGGUAAAACUACAUUAGAUACUUUGGAGGAAACCAAGGAUGAGAUGAGAACGAUGCAGCAGAAUUUCGUGAUAAUGGAGACAUCCCUCAAGGAUAAGCAUGAACACUUGUUGGCUCAGUUGGCGGAGAAGUCCAAUCGAGUAAUUGAACUCGAAGAAACUCUAGAUAAGAUGGAAAAUGAGAGGAAGAACACGAUUGAUCAGACUGAUCAAGGUAUCUCAUCGGACGAAAUGGUUGGGGAAAUGAGAAGAGAAAUGACAGCGAUGCAGGAGAAUUUUAUUCUUAUAGAAACUGGUCUCAAAGAUAAAGUGAAUAACUUAAUUGUUCAGCUCGGUGAGCGCGAGAUGAGACUGGCGGAGAUCGAAGGGGCAGGUGCUUCUUUGUCGAACGACCGAACGAUUGACAGUAUUAACGAGGCCAUCAAACUAGAAGAGAGUAAUCGAGUACUUAGAGAGGAGAAUGAGAAGUUAACGAAAACUGUUGAAAAUUUGAAAAUUCAGAAUGAACUGAACCAAGAGAAGGAUAAUAGGAUUAUGGAGUUGGAGGAAAUCGUUGAGGGACUUAGGAAGACAGUGGAUGAUACAGCUGGAGCUGACGAGAGUGAAACUCUGCAGAAAUUGAAGAAAGAACUGGAUGAGUUGAAUAAGAAUAUGAUUAAGCUGAAAGCACAGCACAAGAGCAAGCUCAGGAAUCUUAACAGACGAUUAGAAAACUUUAAAAUGGUUUCUGAUGCUAAUGCAGAAUUGGUAAAGCUGGGAAAUCAAGUUGCACUGUUGGAGGAGGAGAAAGGUAACCUACAGCUGAGUCUAGUAGACUUUGACGAACUUAAAGCGUCGUCAGUUGAAUUGCAAACGCGUGUCGGAGAUCUGGAGAGCAAGAUUGAGACUCAAACUAGUACUAUUCAGGCACAUGUUGAUGCUAUUGCUGCUUUGGAGAACCAGAAACUGGAUCUUAUGCAAGAGCUCCACAACGUAAAACAGGAAAUUUCCGCCCUCGAGGCUGAAAACGCAGAUUGUGAGAACCUUCGAGUAACCGCUGAACUCAAAGUGGUUGAGUUGGAAGACCAACUCGAGUUACUAAACCGCCCCAAAGCCCAAGGCACCUCUACUGUACCUCUUGAUAAAAACGAAUCCAAUGACAAUAAACAACCCGUCGUCGACUCUUUCGAGUCUAUCGAAGAGAACCGAAACGAGCUUCUGAAACAAGUUGAUUUACUGACUCAGCAGAAUCAAAAUCUAGAGAUGCAACUGCGAGAGUUCAGACAGAGGGAUCCAACAGUUGAGAAAAAAUCCUCAGACACCGACUCCACCGAGUCAUUCGAGAGAAUAUCAGAUAACAAUGAUGGAUCCACCAAAAUGGACGGUCUCAUUAUUACAGAGGAGAAAUUAUUAGAGUCUCAGGAGCACUCCGCAGAUCUUCAGCAUAAAAUAGACAAUCUCAUUCAGGAGAAUAACGAUUUGGUGAUAGAGUUGACAAAACUUCAGGAAAAAGUCAGCCACCAAACAGAAGAUUACAAGACUAGAUUGGCAGUCCUUGAAGUCCAAAAUUCAGAGUUGAAGGAGAGCCUAACGAACCUCUGCAACGAGCCAGCUUUUGUGUCUCUGGCAACAGAGAUCUCCAAUUGUAAGCAAUCAACCGAACAACAACUACAGCUAAUCGAGAACUUGGAAAUGAAUCUCCUCCAAAGUGAUCAACAACUCUCCGAAAAGCGAGAGGAAAUAUCGGAGUGUCAGCAAUUGAUCAAGAAUUUGUCAUCAAUUCAGUCUAAGUUCACAGAAAUGGAAGAGAAAAUUGAAUUCUUGACAACUGAAAAGUCUACGAUUGCUGAGAAAUUCCAAUUGUCGUCAACUGAAUUGUCGGAACUGACGCAGAAGUCAAGCGAAUUGGAGAACACGAGCAGUGAAAAGAUUAACAGUUUGGAGUCUCAAUUAUCUGAUAAAAAUUCCGAAAUAGUCUUACUAAAAGAAGUCAUCAACACCAACGAGAAAGUUCUUAAUGAAUUAAAAGAAGAAAUUAGUGAAUUAAACAUCACAGUUGUUUGUCUACAGAAAGAAAAAUCGUGGAUGCAACAUGAGAACGAUUACUUAACAAAUGAACUCGAGGUAAAAAAAGAUUCUAUCUCUGCUCUGGAGGGAGAGUUUAAGACAACAGUCUCCGUCGUUGAAGACAGACUGAAAGACAAAGAAGUGAUUCUAAUGUCCACUGAAACUCAAAUUUCCAAGCUGCAGGCUGAAUUAGGGGAGAAUGAAGAGAUUAGGGAGGAAUUGGAAAAGAAAAUAGAAUGGUUGCAGGCCCUUCUGCAGGCCAAGGAGAUAACACUUGACGAGGAAAAGGAGAAAAUGACUGCAGAAUUUGACAGCAAUAUGACAUCAAUGGAGAAAGUACUAGAUAAUAAGACGUCUCUCGUCGCUUCUUUACAAACAGAAAUUCAAUCGUUAUUGGAAACCCUGAAGAAUAACGAAGUAACGAUAAUCACGUUACAGGAUGAGAUAAAUUCCCUGCAGUCAGUCUUGACAGAAAGAGAUACAUCAGCGGUGUCCCUCGCCGAAGGUGCCAAUGCCUGUCAAGAGUCUCUCAUCGAGAAAGAGAGUCUAUACCAGUCAUGCACGUCGACAUUAGCGUCAGACAAAUCGGAAUCAGAAUCGGCAACUAUUGAGUUCCAGCAGAAGUUGACAGGUCUUCAAUCAGAAGUGGAAAAUUCUAAUUUAAUUAUCGAGAAAUUGAAAGAAGAAAUUGAAAAUAUUACGAGUGCCAAGUCGGAAGUGGAGAGAGAUCUUGAGGUCUUGAGAUCUAAACAAUCGUCUCAUGAGACAUCCACUGCAACAUUGACUGAUAAAGUAGAUGAACUGAAUAUCCAACUCAGUGAAAAACAACAGGAGAAUGAUAAACUUAAAGCGAUGAUAGAUGAAUUGAAAAUCCGAUCGGAUGUGAUUACUACAGAAUUCAACGAGAAAAAUAGUGAAUGGGAACGUUAUCGAAUGGAACUAGAUAAUAAAGAAGUAGUUAUUGCCACCAUCAAAGAAGAAGUUGCUAGAUUGAAUGACGUUAUCAAUGAAAAGGAGAAUCGUUCUGCAGCUUUUGAAGGAGAAAUAAUGAAAUUACAAGAACAAUUGAGAGAAAAAUCAACAUUGGUAGAUAAAAUUGACCAGUUGAAUGAAAUUAUAAUACAGAAGGAUGAAACAAUCACCAGAUUUGAUGCUGUUGUUAAUGAUCUUAAUAAGAAUCUCAGUGAUGCCAACUCCAGAGUCAACGAAUUGAUAGAAAAAUUACAUGAGAAAGAAUCAGCUCUUGUGAUUCUACUGGAAGAAAAGGAAAAUUUAGCACAGCAAGUUGCGACUGAAAUGUCAGCUAAAGAAGAAGCGUUAUCAUCAGUCGCAUCUCUGAAUGAUCAGUUGGAAAACCAGACAUCGUACAUCGAGGAAAUAAGGACUGAACUGAGUGAUGCUUAUAGAAUGAUGGAACAACUGAAGUUGAAGCACAUGGAGGACAUCGGAAUGCAGAAUCAACGGCUAGAGGAAAUAUUCAUUGAAUUGAAUGACAAAACGAGUCAAUGUAAUCAGUUGACUUCUGUUCUAGAAGAGAAAGAAAGAAUCAUUGGACAGAAUGUCACACUGGAGAUAAAGACAUCUUUGGAAGAACGAAUAAUUCAUUUGGAGAAAGAUUUGGAGGAUGCCAAUGCCACCAGUCAAGCACAACUGCAAAAAAUGAAGGUGAUUGCUGCCAAUCUUAAGAAAAAAACAGCCCAAUGUCAAGAGCUGGAGGCAAAGGCCCACGAUUUUGAAGAGAAAUGGAUCCACGAAAAAUCUGAAAAAGAGGAAAUCAAUGCUAGACUCCAACAAGUCCAGUCUGAUGUGGAAAUAAAGAUAAAUCAAAUGAAGGAAUUGGAAAAACAGUUGAUUAAUUCCUACGAGGGUACGACGAAUGCAUCGGAAACGAUUCAUAAAUUAUCAGAUGAGUUGAACACAGCUAACGAUACAAUAAUCAGUCUUAACGAUCGUGUGAAUUUCUUACAAUCAGAGACAGAAAAACUUUUAGUUAAAAUCGAUGAAAAAUCUCACUCAAUCGAGAGUGAGAAACUGAUGAGGGAUUCCAUAACUUCAGAGUUCGAGUCUUACAAAGAAGUUACCGAAUCGGAAUUGAAUUCAUCUAAUGAAAAAGUUAUAUUUCUGCGUGAACAAAUGAUUGAGAAAGAGGAGGCAUUGAAAAAUUUAGAGGAAACAAUCGCGUUAAAUGAGCAGACGACGUCGCAAACUAUUGAACAAUUACGUUCGGAAUUGAGACAAUCAGAAGAGACGUUAAAUUCUAUGAAAGAGCAAACUGAAGUUUUAGCUGCAGACGUUGAUAGUAAGUCUUCGGAAAUAUUUGCCAAGGAUCAACAAAUCGGGGCAUUGACUCUUGCAAUUGACGAUAAAGACAGGCAAAUCUCAUCCCUGAUGGUAGACAUUGACCAGAAGGUUCAAGAGGUCAAUUUCUUGAAAUCGGAAAUUUCAUCUGACAAAUUACUGACAGACUCUGUUACCUCGGAACUCGAAGCUCUCAAGACUCUCAAAGCAAGUCUAGAACAAGAGCUCGAAGAUGCCAAAGAGAAAGCUCGUGAACUAGGAGUUAGAAUGCAAGUAAUGGAGACUGAAUACAUUGAUCAAUUGAAUACAAUUCAAAAUCUCAAAACAGAAACUGGAAUGUUGUCUUCUAAGCACGCACAAACGCACGAACGCCUGGAGAACACAGAGGCCGAGUCUGUUGAACGUUUGCGAGUCAUUGAAUCGUUGAAGAAUGAUAUAAUCGCACUGAAGAAUUCUCCGUCAUCUUCUCAUCCUCAGGAGUCCUGUGAUCACUGCGAGAGAUGUAAAGGACUGGUGAGUGCACUAGAAGGAAAAUUGCAAGAGCGAAAUGCUGAGAUUCAGAAUCUCGACAACGAAUUGGCUAAUUCAAUCGCCAAUUUUCUACAAAUGCGGGAGAAUUUAAGGACUCAAGAGAUGCAAUGCAACGAGGAGUCCCAGGAAGCUAGAAAAUCAUUGGCUCAAUUCAAUGAUUUAUUAGCGAAAAAUUCAGACAAUGAAUUGAGAAUUCAGCAAUUGCACGAGCAGAUGGUCAAUUUGAACGAUAGAAAUUCUGUUCUGGAUGAGGAAUUGAUUAAGACUCGAGAACUUGCAGCUCUGGCUCAACACUUUGAGCAGUUGCAUUUGAAUUUAUCGAGGGUUCAUCAAGAAACGGAGAAUGAACUUGAACAAUUGACUUCAAAGUUCAAUGAAUUGCAAACGGAAAGGGAUGAUUUAUCCAAAAAAUUGGAGAAUCUGAAAUUGGAGAGGAUUGUUGAAGACCCGGAGAAUUCUGCGCCUGUAGAGGUUGAGGAAGUCCCUGCAGUCCCUCAAUUAUUCGACGCUGCCAAACUCUUCGGUGCCCCGGCCCCCUGGGACCUGGACACCUCCGGAGAAGACCUGUCAUCUCUAAAAAAAAGACUGGAAGACACCGAAAUGGAGAAAAGUCAAUUGUCCUCAAAACUUGAUCAACUGACCACCGAAAUGUCUUCAUAUCAGUCAGAAAUCAAACAACUCGAAGAGAAGAAUGACGAAUUAACUCUGUUGUGUAGUGAAGCCGAUGGAAUAAAGUCGAUUGUGACCGGUUUUCAGCAGCAGGUUCAACAACUCAGCGAGGAGAAUGAUCAGUUACGAGCUGAGUUGCUCCAGCGUCAAGAGUUCAUUGCGAGAUCGAUUGAGGACUUGAGAAUAUCUCAAGACUCAUCUGAUGAAGCUAUUGAGAGGGUAAAGAGGGAGAAGGAAGACUUGCAAAAUACGAUUAUUCGCUUUAUCACCGAUGCAAAACGCCUGAUUGGCGAUGAAGAAAACCCUGAAGAGUUGAGCACAAAUGAUUAUGUGGGAGAAUUGACUGCAAUUAUAUCCACAAUUCGAUCGUUACAACAGAGAUUAGUUGAUUCACCAGCAACACUUCUAUGUGAAGAAAAUAAAUUGAAAAUUGUGUCAGAGAAAAUGAGGCUCGAGCAUUCGUCAGAACUAUCAGCACCUCCAGUUCAAGACGACGAGGUUAAGCUCGAUGACGAAGAGGAAUGGGGUUGGAAUGCUCAGGAUGCUGAGCUGGGAUCUGGAUUACCAUUGGCUCCCAUCUGCACUGGUGAAACUCAGUUAAAGGCAAAAAUAGCUGAGUUGGGUGAUACUAUCAAAGAUUUGGAGGAUGAAAAAUUCAAAUUGAUUGAGGAUAUGAAAGUUGGACAGAUUCGAAGCGGAAAAUUGGUGAAAAAACUCAAGGAAUUUAAGGCGCAGAAUGAAAACCUUCAGAAACAAUUGAAAUUACAGCAAUCCUCGAGUGAUUUAUGCAAUCUCGAUUCGGCGAUUGAAGAUGAGCUCAAGUCCCAGAUAUUGCAAUUAGAAAAGAACUUGAGUGAAGUUAGAUCAGAUCACAACAAAAUCAUUCAAGAGCGAGACAAUUUAUUGAAACGAAUUGACGUUCUGAUCGCAGCCAACGAAAGAUUUACGGAGAUGAAGGAACGUCAGGAUCGUGAGGUUGAAGUUCUUCAAAUUCGAAAUAAGGAAUUGGCAGGUAAGAUCGGAGGAGUUGAGAGGGAUAUUGGGGAAAUGUCAGCGUCUCUUGACACAUGUGAAACUGAAAAAACUGCUAGUGAGGAAAUUUCGAAGGAACAGUACGAUGAGCUGCACGAAUCCCUGGAGAUGUUGGCAGCAGAGAACGAACAGUUGAGGGCAUUAAUCGAAGCUGAGAAGAGUGAGAGAUUGGCAAUUGAGAUUUCCUUGAACGAAAGGAUGAGAGAAAUCGAAGAGUCUAAGAAUCAGACUGACGAGAUGAAAAUUGGGUUCGAUGAAACCCUGAAGAAAUGCCAGAAUUUGGAGACAGAGUGCAGGACCAAUUUGGAGAUGGCGAAUCAACGGAGAAUUGAGGUGGAGCAUAAUCAUGAGAUUGUCCUUGGCCAAGCGUUACAACAUUCACAGGAACUAGAGAAUGAACUAGGUGAACGAGACGAAAGAAUCAAGCUCUUGGAGGAGAAUCUUCAGGCCUCUCAGCAACAUCUCAAUGAAGCACAAGAGACUCUGUCCAAUGUUACUGAACUAUUAAACGUGAGAGUCCAGGAAGUUGCGGAAUUGAGGCAGCAGAUUCAACAUCUACAAAGUGCCCAGAUUGAAGCAGCAACUUGUCGUGUCAACGUAGAUAAUUUAAAUAAGAAAUUGUUGGAAACAGAGGAAGAUAUGUCGCGAAAAUUGAGUGAACAGGAAGAGGAUUUAUCUCGUAAGUUGACAGAGAGGGAGGAAGACUUGACUCGUAAAUUAACUGAACGAGAAGAAGAUUUGACUCGUAAACUAACUGAACGAGAAGAAGACUUGACACGCCAAUUGACCGAGGCUGAUGAACUUUUGUCGAGGCAAUUAUCCAUGAAAGAUGCAGAAAUCAAGGAUUUGUCAUCGAAAUUGCAAGCGACAUUGCAGCAGAAAACUGAAGAAAUUGAUUCAUUAACGUCUAGACUUGAAGAACUCUCUUUGGUUCGUGAGACACUGACGUCGAGUAUUGAAAAUCAAAAUCAAGAAAUUCAGUCAUUGAAGGAAUCACUGGAUAAGAAUGAAUGGCUAGUGGAAGCUCUGAAAACCGAAUCGGUGGAUAAAAAGGAGACAAUUUCCUCUCUGGAAAACGACUUGUCUUCCUCCAAAGAAGAAAUAAUACAUCUAACAGCAUCAGUCGACACUUUGACAGCAGAAAUAAAUCAAAGGCUUGAGGAGCUCUCUGCGAAGGAAACCGAAAUUGCGUCUCUGAAGGGCAUUGUCAUUAAUCUGCAAUCACAAUUGGACGAGCCAAAUCGUGAAAUUUGUCCCAAAUGUAAAGAAAACGAGGGAAUUAUCUUGGAAAUAGAACCUUUGAGGGAGCAAUUGAGACUUAAGGAGGCAGAAGUAGAAGAUUUCAAGUACAUUUUCAACGAGAAUACGUAUCCAAGAAUUUUCCAAGAGCUUCAGGACAAAGUGAAUUCGCUGUACAAUGAAAAAACUCAGUUGGAAGCGUCCUUGAGUUCUGCUCUUCACCAACUUCAGGGCCAGGAAGUUCCUAGUGCGCAUGAGGCUGUUGUAGAAGAUGAACCAUCAGCGAGAGUGAUAGAUCUUCAGAAGACAUUGGACGUGAAGGUGGUGGAAGUGGAGGCCUUGAAGAAGAAGUUGGAGAGCAAGAGCACCGAGUGUUCGUUGUUGGAGAAUGCACUAGCCAAACAAAUAUCGAGCUCUUCUCCCACUGACCAAACAUCGCAAGGAAUCAGGGAGCAAUCUCUUACCUCGAGCGAAUUAGAUGUGGCGCUCUAUAUGCUUCAUCAGAGGGAUGUGAGGUGCGAAGAGUUGACUCAUGAAUUGAUGCAACUGUUGGAAGAGAGAGACACUCUGCAGUUGAGACUUUCCAAUGCUAUAAGGAUGAAUGAGGAGAUGAGGAGGGGAGUUGGCUGGGAGGUGACGACGUUAACGGAACAACCCGUGAGUGUUGAUGCAGAGAAAAUUCAGGACAAGGGGGAUACCUCGGGGGAUAAAACUGAACUCGCUCAAAAGUUGUCUCAGCUGCACACAGUGGGUCACAGACGAGAUAUUCGAUUGAUGGAUGAUCGAGAAUUGAGGAAUACCCAGCAAAUGUCCCUUCUGGCGCACAAAGACGCUCUUAGUACCCUUCCUCCGGAUGCCGCCGCCAGACUCAUCAACGCCAAUUACACCCUUUCACGAGACGUCCAGAGUCAAUCAAGCGUACUGCUAAAUUGGUUGUGGGGUAAAAGUACACCAAAAGUAGUCCACAUGUGACCACAGCCAAAACCGAUAACUGGAUAACUUCCACAACUUCCAUAAGACAUUCCCUACGAUUAAUUGAAGCAAUCGACUGCCAAUUGAUUGUUACACGCCGGAGACGGGAAUAAUAGUUCAGUAACAAUGUAAAUUGAAUUAUCUAAGCCACUGACUCGUGUUUCAAAGGAAGUGGAGAUAGGAAAUGUUUGUAUUUGUACAUUAAAUCCGUUGGAGCUUUUAAAUGAAUGUGAUUGUAUCGGUGAUGUUUAAUUUAUAAAUUACAAUUGGUUAAAGUUGGUGCCUUUAUUAUGUAAAAGAGAAAAAGUAUAUGCUGAUAUGAGGGUAGAAAAGUAGUUUUUGACUCGUCGGAAAGUUAUAGCAUGAGUUGAAGGAAAGUGAUGAAUCCCACGAGGUAAAAACCCCUUUUCUCACGGGUAUUUAAUGGGUUUUUUUUCAUCACAAUGUGUGUUGAAAAGCGUAAACAGUUACUUUUUCGCACAGCGUGAUGAAAAUAUAUUUAUGACAUGAGAAGGGAAGAGUGGAACACAAGACGAAGAACAGCAAUGUAAUAGAUUGUUUUAUAAUCAUAAUAUAUAGUUUAAUUGUAUAAAACAAUAUUGAAAGUGUAUUUACUAACACCGGAAGGAGACAAUGUACAUUCAAAUUAAAUUUUCAUCGAGUGGAA